UUUAAUUUCUCCGAGCCGCUUUCUCCCCCGCGCCCUUCCUCGCGGCGGGAGGGAAAAGCCCGUGCAGGAGGAAGGGGGGCUCGGUGUCAAUUUUUUUUUCUUCUUCUUGGGGUGUGUGUGUGUGUGUGUGUGUGUGUGGCCGCGGCCCGAGCCUGUGGCGCGCGGGUAGGCGAACGGGGAAGAUCCCCGGCGCGGUUAAAAGAACCAUGGAUGGCCCGACGCGGGGACAUGGACUCCGGAAAAAGCGGAGGUCUCGAUCACAGCGAGACCGGGAGAGACGCUCCCGGGCCGGGUUAGGAACCGGUGCGGCGGGUGGUAUAGGAGCCGGCCGGACCCGGGCUCCCUCGCUGGCUUCAUCGUCGGGCUCCGACAAGGAAGACAAUGGAAAGCCCCCAUCCUCCGCCCCGUCCCGGCCCAGACCCCCGCGGAGGAAGCGCAGAGAGUCCACCUCAGCCGAAGAGGACAUCAUUGAUGGAUUUGCCAUGACCAGCUUUGUUACUUUUGAAGCGCUGGAGAAAGAUGUAGCAGUUAAGCCUCAGGACCGCGUGGAGAAACGACAGACUCCCCUGACCAAGAAAAAGCGAGACGCUCUCACCAAUGGCUUGUCUUUUCACUCAAAGAAGAGCCGGCUCAGCCACUCACACCACUACAGCUCAGAUCGAGAAAAUGACCGCAACCUCUGCCAGCACCUUGGGAAGAGAAAGAAGAUGCCUAAGGGACUCCGACAGCUCAAGCCAGGACAGAACAGCUGCAGGGACAGUGACAGCGAAAGUGCUAGCGGAGAAUCCAAGGGUUUCCAGCGGAGCAGCUCUCGGGAGAGGCUCAGCGAUAGUUCAGCUCCUUCCAGCUUGGGGACAGGCUACUUCUGCGACAGUGACAGCGACCAGGAAGAGAAGGCUUCAGAUGCUAGCUCUGAAAAACUCUUCAACACUGUUCUUGUAAACAAAGAUCCAGAGUUAGGUGUUGGCGCACUACCUGAACACAGCCAAGAUGUGGGACCAAUUGUCCCCAAGAUCUCGGGUCUAGAGAGAAGCCAGGAGAAGAGCCAGGACUGUUGCAAAGAGCCCGUCUUCGAACCCGUGGUGCUCAAGGACCCACAUCCUCAGCUCCCUCAGCUACCAUCCCAGCCCCAGGCCGAGCCUCAGCUCCAGAUUCCAUCUCCAGGCCCGGACUUGGUACCAAGAACCGAAGCUCCACCCCAGUUCCCUCCUCCAAGUACACAGCCAGCCCAAGGACCCCCAGAAGCUCAGCUGCAGCCUGCCCCACUGCCUCAGGUGCAGCGGCCACCCCGGCCCCAGUCCCCCAGCCACCUGCUCCAGCAGACUCUUCCGCCUGUGCAGUCACAUCCCUCCUCCCAGAGCCUCUCGCAGCCGCUGUCGGCCUACAACAGCAGUAGCCUGAGCCUCAACAGCUUAAGCAGCAGCAGAAGCAGUACCCCGGCAAAGACCCAGCCCGCCCCGCCUCACAUCUCCCACCACCCGUCCGCCUCUCCCUUCCCCCUCUCCCUGCCCAACCACAGCCCUCUGCACAGCUUCACACCCACCCUCCAGCCCCCUGCCCACUCACAUCACCCCAAUAUGUUCGCCCCUCCCACUGCUCUGCCUCCUCCCCCGCCGCUGACGUCUGGAAGUCUGCAGGUGCCAGGGCAUCCCGCAGGGAGCACGUACUCAGAGCAAGAUAUCCUGAGGCAGGAACUGAACACGCGUUUCCUGGCCUCUCAGAGUGCCGACCGAGGGGCAUCUCUGGGCCCUCCGCCCUACCUGCGGACCGAGUUCCAUCAGCACCAGCAUCAGCACCAGCACACGCAUCAGCACACGCACCAGCACACCUUCACACCAUUCCCCCACGCCAUCCCACCCACGGCCAUCAUGCCGACGCCAGCACCUCCCAUGUUUGACAAAUACCCCACCAAAGUUGACCCAUUCUACCGGCAUAGUCUCUUCCACUCCUAUCCUCCUGCGGUCUCGGGUAUACCCCCCAUGAUCCCACCCACGGGCCCUUUCGGGUCACUCCAAGGAGCAUUCCAGCCGAAGUCAUCCAACCCUAUCGACGUGGCUGCCCGGCCUGGAACAGUCCCACAUACUCUGCUCCAGAAGGACCCAAGGUUGACAGAUCCUUUCAGACCUAUGCUAAGGAAACCAGGAAAGUGGUGCGCCAUGCAUGUGCAUAUCGCCUGGCAGAUUUACCACCAUCAACAAAAAGUCAAGAAACAGAUGCAGUCAGACCCACACAAGCUGGACUUUGGGCUGAAGCCCGAGUUCCUGAGCCGUCCUCCGGGCCCUAGUCUCUUCGGAGCCAUUCAUCACCCCCACGAUCUGGCGCGACCUUCCACUUUAUUCUCUGCCGCUGGUGCUGCGCAUCCUACUGGGACCCCUUUUGGGCCACCACCUCAUCACAGUAACUUUCUCAACCCUGCCGCUCACCUAGUACCUUCACUCCGACAGGUUUCUAUUGAGAUCUCUCUGAAACCCUUUUUUGUUCUCCACUUCGCCAUUUCAGCACCCAACUCAGUGUUCGGCCACAAGGAUAGCCCCAGUGUGCAGAACUUUAGCAAUCCUCACGAACCCUGGAACCGGCUGCACCGAACGCCUCCGUCGUUCCCGACCCCUCCGCCCUGGCUGAAGCCAGGGGAAUUGGAGCGCAGUGCGUCCGCUGCAGCCCAUGACAGAGAUAGAGAUGUAGAUAAACGAGACUCCUCCGUUAGUAAAGAUGACAAGGAAAGGGAAAGCGUUGAGAAAAGACACCCCAGCCAUCCUUCCCCAGCACCUCCCGUCCCGGUGAGCGCCCUGGGCCAUAACCGCAGCUCCACCGAUCCGACGACCAGGGGUCAUUUGAAUACUGAGGCUCGUGAGAAAGAUAAACCAAAAGAGAGGGAGAGGGACCACUCGGGAUCCCGAAAGGACCUGACCACUGAAGAGCACAAAGCCAAGGAAGGCCAUCUGCCCGAGAGAGAUGGGCACAGCCACGAGGGACGUGCAGCAGGCGAGGAACCCAAGCAGCUGUCCCGGGUACCAUCGCCCUACGUGAGGACACCAGGCGUGGAUAGCACCAGGCCUAAUAGCACCUCUAGUCGGGAAGCCGAGCCACGCAAGGGUGAGCCGGCCUACGAGAACCCCAAGAAGAACGCCGAGGUCAAGGUCAAAGAGGAACGCAAGGAAGAUCACGACCUACCUACAGAGGCCCCACAGGCCCACAGGACCUCAGAGGCACCUCCGCCCAGCUCCUCAGCCAGUGCCAGCGUGCACCCAGGGCCUCUGGCAUCCAUGCCCAUGACCGUGGGAGUCACUGGCAUCCAUGCCAUGAACAGUAUCGGUAGUCUGGACAGGACACGCAUGGUGACCCCGUUUAUGGGCCUCAGUCCGAUCCCAGGGGGAGAGCGCUUCCCGUACCCCUCUUUCCACUGGGACCCUAUGCGGGACCCCUUGAGGGAUCCUUACCGUGACUUGGACAUGCACCGAAGAGACCCUCUGGGCAGGGACUUUCUGCUCAGGAAUGACCCCCUGCACCGGCUCUCCACACCCCGGUUGUAUGAAGCCGACCGCUCGUUCCGGGACAGGGAGCCUCAUGAUUACAGCCACCACCACCAUCACCACCAUCACCCGCUGGCCGUGGACCCUCGACGGGAGCACGAACGAGGAGGACACCUGGAUGAACGCGAGCGGCUGCACGUGCUUCGGGAGGACUAUGAGCACCCACGGUUGCACCCUGUGCACCCCGCUUCUCUAGAUGGACACCUCCCACACCCGAGCCUGCUCACACCAGGCCUGCCUAGUAUGCACUACCCUCGCAUCAGCCCUACUGCCGGCCACCAGAAUGGACUGCUUAACAAGACCCCGCCCACUGCGGCGCUGAGCGCCCCACCUCCGCUCAUCUCCACAUUGGGGGGCCGCCCGGGAUCCCCCCGGAGGACUACGCCUCUGUCGUCUGAAAUCAGAGAGAGGCCACCGUCCCACACACUGAAGGACAUUGAAGCUCGGUAAGCCGGGAGGACAAGGCAGACCUUGGAGUGGGGGAGAAACCCCAGGGACACCCACCCCCAGACUCAAGAGACAACUCCCGCACCCCCAAACUUGAGAGGUGCAGAGCUCCAACUCUUCCCCUGG